GUGGAGCUUCAGGUUGCUUGUGCUACCUGUAGCCCGCUAACCCCUGCCUGGCCUGUGACCUCCGUCAGUGGUGAUCGAUUGAUCCUGAUAGCUGCUAAAACCAACCCUCUUACAACCUCCCCAACCUAUCACAACUGCUCUUUGUUUGCGACAUCAUACGCCAGCCACGAACCUCACAGCUAUCUUGCCGCCCCCCUUCGCCUCUGCCGAUUUACUCAUUUAUACAUAAGACGGAUCUGUAGAAUAACAGGAUGUCGGCCCAGAAUUCGGCAGGCAUCCAGACCCUACUCGAUGCUGAGAGGGAAGCUUCCAAGAUAGUGCAAAAAGCCCGGGAAUGUUAGUCUCGCACGAACCAUAAUGACAGCUCGUCAGUUCAUUGACUCACCUCUCACCUAUCAUCAUAUAGUCCGAACCAAAAGAGUACGAGAGGCACGAGAUGAAGCCAAGAAAGAGAUAGAAGCCUAUCGCAAGGCGAAGGACGAGGAGUUCAAGAAAUUCGAGGCAGAGCACACCCAAGGAAACAAGGAAGCCGAAGAUGAGGCCAAUAAGGAGGCCGAUGCCAAGAUCCUAGAGAUCCACGCCGCCGGCAAGAAGAGCCAGUCCAAAGUCGUCGAGGACCUACUAAAGGCCGUGUUCGAAGUGAAGCCCGUCCCUCCCGAGAAGGCAUAGACGUACAUUGUCCACCCGAAGAGAAAGCUCGCGUCUAGGAAUACAUUUUAAGGGGGUCCGGCAUGUUAUAUCACGAUAAGUAUACUGUGCCAAGGGACUCUAGCCGCAUUACGUAUUAUUCAGUACUAUCUCUAGUGCUAGUAUCAAUGCCAAAAGUUUGGAAG